AUGCGGAGCAGUACCUGGAUGCACCACCGCGCGCCUCCUGCCGCGCUGCGCGAGCGCGUCCGGCGCUACGACCAGUACAAGUGGAUUGUUUCUAGAGGAAACAUUGUGUCAAUCCAAAAUAUCCUGAAGAGGGUGUCCAAGGACCUCCGCCGCGACAUCAAGCGACACCUCUGUAUGGGCCUGGUCCGCCGCGUCCCGCUCUUCGACAACAUGGACGAGCGACUGUUGGACGCCAUAUGCGAGCGGCUCAAGCCAGCGCUCUACACGGAGCGCAACUACAUCAACCAGGAAGGGGACCCCGUGGACCAGAUGGUCUUCAUCAUCCGCGGCAGGCUCGAGAGCAUCACCAUCGAUGGCGGUCGGAGCGGCUUCUUACAAUCAAUCGCGUACAAGUGGGCCAACUUCUGCGGCGAGGAGCUGCUCACCUGGGCGCUCGACCCCAAGUCCGGGGUCAGCCUGCCCUCCUCCACGCGCACAGUCAUGGCGCUCUCCGAGGUCGAGGCAUUCGCGCUGCACGCCGAGGAGCUCAAGUUCGUGGCGGGGCAGUUCCGCCGCAUGCACAGCAAGCAGGUGCAGCACACGUUCCGGUUCUACUCCCAGCAGUGGCGCACCUGGGCGGCCACCUACAUCCAGGCGGCAUGGCGGCGGCACCUCAAGCGAAAGGCCGCCGAGCUGCGGCGGAAGGAGGAGGAAGACGAGGGACGCUCCUCCAGCUUCAAGACCACCAUACUGGUGUCCCGCUUCGCCGCCAAGAUGCACAGGCAACGCUCCAAGCGGGAUGAGGAGGUCAUGAUCCAUGUCCCCGUGCCUAAGCCCCGUGAGCCGGACUUUGGCAUUGAUGACUGAAUGUA